AUGGAAGAAACACAAGUCCUCAUUGUUGGUGCUGGGCCUUCCGGCCUGGCUCUUGGCCUUGCACUGGCCAGAUUUCAAGUCAGAUCUGUCAUCCUUGAGAAAGACAGUGAAGUGACUACAGACCCACGGGGUGUAUAUCUCACAGGAGACGCUGUGAGGAUCCUCUAUGACUUGGGACUAGAGAAUGAGGUAUCUACUAUCGGACAUGAGGUUCAUAAGAUCAUUUUUCAUCGAUCCUCGUUCAGCACGAAGCCAUUCUAUCGUAUGAACAUUGGCACGCGGGAUGUCCUACAGCAAGCAGUACCGGAGGGAAUCUUGCAGAGCCAACCACGGCUAGAGAGCGCACUUCGGGAGAAAGUGAGGAUCUCUAAAUAUUGCACCCUCCGAACAGCCUGCCGUGUGAUAAAAAUAACACAUGAUGAUUUGCCAAGCGCCGAGUACAUCGACGAGCAAGAAAAAAGACAUCAGAUUAGGAGUGAAUGGUUAGUGGGGGCUGAUGGCAAAGUAGGCAUUGUACGAAAGCAUUUUCUUGAGCCGACCGCAGGCAUUAUACAGGAAGAAGGAAAAUAUCCGUAUAACGGAACUUGGAUUGCAGCCAAUUUGAAGAUUUCGAUUCCAACACCACAGACACAUCCGACCUAUCCUUUGUGGGAUCUUGGAUACUCUCCUGAAGCGGUAUACAACCUCUUCUGGCCAGAAGGGUGGCACUUUUGUGGCCCUCCCGGUAAAGCAACAGCGACGGGACGAUUUGGUCCACCUGAAGAGAGGAUGUGGAGGCAUGAGCUAUGUCAGUCGGACUGGAAUGACUCUAUGGAUGCAGAGUCUCUAUUUUGGGAGCACCUUAAGCCCAUGAUCACCAGAGAAAGGGAUGGCGACCGAGGACCAUACAGAUUCGCUCAUAAAGUCGUCAAUGAAUGGUUUCACAAACGUGUCAUUCUAAUUGGAGAUGCGGCUCAUGUGUUCCCCCCUUUCGCCGGUCAGGGUAUAGCAAGCGGCGUGAGAGAUGCGCAUCAACUGGCGUGGCGCCUUGCCUUGCUCCUCCAGUCCAAGUCUCAAGGCGAAGCUCUGGUCAAUAACAUACUGGGUUCCUGGGCUCUUGAGCGGCGGAAAAGCGUGGAUGAUGCAGCCAAAUUUACAAUGUUAAACGGCUAUCUGUGCAACAACGAGCCGUCAAUCUGGCUCCGCAUGCUGCUGCAUCUAGCAAUGUUUCUCGAGUCAAACCAAUUUUCUUUCCAGUUUCUAGACCCCCAGGCUAUCGUGGAGCGACGUGGAUUCACCCACGUACUAGGAGGGUUUUUUCUCGAGAACAAUCAUGGCGGCACUCGACUGACGCAGAUGUAUGUGCAGUCGAAUGAAGGCGUAUCGAUCUUAUCCGACACCCUACUGCGAUCCGGUGAUUGUAUCUUCACGAUUAUCGCUAUAUGCAAUGGUGCUGAUGAUAGCCGAAUUUACCAAGACGCAAAAGAGGCUGUUGAGGGCUCAGGAAUCGACCCAGCCGUUUUAUCAACAUCGUCAAUUGUGCUGCUCAGUCCAAGUUACAGCGGCGGAUAUAUCAAACCAGUCGAAUCUGUCAGCGGAGAGCAGAUCCAGGUGUUCUCGCCAGCCAUGCAUCCUGGUGAGCGGCCCGGAUUGAGCCCUCAACAGAAUGGUCAUGCAUAUCUAGAUCGCCUCGGACGUCCAACACGGUUUGCCAUCAUACGACCUGAUUUUUUUGUCGUUUCCUGCUGCAAGAAUGUCAAGGAGCUAGAGCAAUGUCUUUCACUACUGAAGAAGAGACUAGUUCCUUAG